AUGUCCAACCAGGAUUAUCAGAAGGUCCAGCAGAACGCUGAGGAGUGCUUUCAGAAGUGGUGUGAGAAACACUUCAUUGAUUCAGACAACCUGUCUAAAGCCCGAAGAAUUCUAGAAGACGUUGUCAACAGACGGCUGCCAAAGUUUGUGGGAGAGGCCCGACUGAAGGAAGAUGGAUUAAAGCAAGAGGAGGGCGGCUCCAAAGCCCAGCCUGUUAAAGCCUUCAAGAUCAAAGCCUAUCAGAAACUUCUGGAGGAAAGCUGGAAGUCUGAUCCGAAGGCACCUAAGGACUGUGAAAUUUAUGUUCUUGAGAUGGGUUUUGGUGAAGUGGGAAAUGAGCCCAUUGAAAAUGUUCAUUUUUAUAGCAAGCAGGAGCCAAACAAAGCCUUCAAGAUGGAGAAGUAUCAGGUGUCCAGUCUCAAGCCACGGAAGUUUCAUGAAUGGCUUGUGAGGGUUUAUUAUGAUCCGAAGGGUCGGGAGGAUCAGGAGGAGGUCCAGCAGAAAGCUGAGUACUUUCAUGAGUGGUGUGAAAGAAAUAAAAACAACUUCAUUGAUUUUGGGCCUCAUCCGGGUAACUGCAAUUUUGCUACUAUAUAUGCAUUUAUUUAUGAAAAAGAAAUAGAUGUUUAUGAAGAAGUAGGAGAUGAAAAAGAAGAUGUUUAUGAAGAAGAAAAGAAGAAUGUUGAUGUGGAAACUCCAAGGAAGAUUUUCAACGACCCCAUUUAUGGUCAGAUUGAGUUCGACCCCCUGCUGGUGAAGAUCAUUGACACUCCUCAGUUUCAGAGACUCCGUCACAUCAAACAGCUCGGAGGAACAUAUCUGGUGUAUCCGGGAGCCACUCACACUCGCUUCGAACACUCACUUGGGAUGGCACAUUUAGCAGGAUGUAUGAUUGACGUUCUGAAAAAAAACCAUAAGGAUCUAAUUUCCCCGAAAGACGAGAUGUGUGUCAAAAUUGCUGCUCUGUGCUACAAUUUAGGCCAUGGUCCAUUCUCUUUUCUGUACGAGAACUUCUUGAAAGAAGCCCUAAAGCGUGGUGAAAAUUGGAAGGAAACAUCACACUUGAUACUUCAGGACAUAGAUAAAGAACUGAAGGGAAAGAUAAACAAGAUUGAUAAAGAUCUCACCUUUAUUAAGAACUUAAUUGAUGGGAAAUAUGCUACUUCAGAUAAAAUGAAGAAAAAGAGGAAAUGGAGUGAGGACAAAACUUUCCUGUUUGAGAUUGUGAUAAAUAAAUUGAACGGCAUUGAUGUGCGCAGAUGGGACUAUUUUGCAAGAGACUGUUAUCACCUCGGCAUCCCAAACAGCUUCGACCAUCAGCGGCUGCUGAAAUCUGCUCAAGUGUGUGAGGUGAACGGGAGAAAUCACAUCUGCUUCAGAGACAAGGUGGCAGAUAGUGUUUAUGACAUGUUUAAAACCCAGUACACUCUCUACAGUCAGGCCUACCAGCACAAGAUCGUCAACAUCAUCGAAAUAAAAAUCACAGAAGCCCUCAAGGCAGCUGAAGGCAAGCUCACCAACAUCUCACCGUUUACUGAAGGCCCUUCAAGCUCACGAGGUGGAUCACGAAAGCGUAAGAUGGCAUCCAACAAGGAAAGGGUUGCAAAAUUGUCCAAACUGACAGACCACAUCUUUGAGGAGAUCUUGUACUCCACUGAUGAAGAGCUGAAAGAUGCCAGGAUGAAACUGGAGGAUGUUGUGAACAGACGCCUGCCAAAGUGUGUGGGAGAGACCAGAAUAACAAAAGCUGAAUUCAAAGACAAACAGAUCUUCCAGGAAAACUGGAAUAAAGCAGUGGAAGAAUGGAACAAACACCCAACUGUGUUCUUGGAUAAGAAGGAUUUCAUCAUUGAUGUGAUUCGGCUGGAUUGUACUUUCAGCACGGGUAAAAACCCCAUCGACAAGGUCUAUUUCUACAGGAAGAGUAACCCCACCGAAGCCUUCAAGAUUAAGAAAUACGAGGUAUCCAGUCUGCUGCCAGAGGAGUUCACUGAAUAUGUUGGUAGGGUUUACUGCACAAAAAACUCUGAGGAGGAGGAGAGGGAUGCUAAGGAGUGCUUCAAAUGGUGGCGCCGUGGCAAGCCUGAGAUUAAGGUCUACGAUAAAGAUGAUUUUGGAGGCAACGAGUGCGUUAUCACAGGGGACUGUCCUUCUUUGGACCGCUGUGGUAUAGAUGUGGUCCGCUCUUGCAAGGUCAACAAAGGCAUCUGGAAGCUCUAUGAGGGUCGUGACUACAACGAGCCCCGUUACCAACUGGAGAAGAAGGAUUAUUCCAAUCCUGCAGAAUGGGGCGCCACAAACCCUGCUCAGUCUCUUAAACGUGUGACAGAGUAA